GAUUAAUACAUUUUAUAUACGCAGUCAUCCUAAGAUGAGCUCCUUCCUCAUUGACUCGCUCAUUCAGAGCAAUCAAAGAAAAACAUCGCCAGUUUCGCCCACUGUCAGAGAACCAGCGCCUUACAACUUGACGGCAUGUACCUAUUGUUGGACACCUCAACAUGAUAAGAUCAAUUUUUGUCAGUUAUGCGUUCCCGGGACAUCCACCAUAAGUUCUUAUGCUAUGCCAGUAAGAAGUCAGGUCAUUCCAGCCUCUGCCAUGCGUCAAACUAUGAUCCCUAAGGAUUACUCACGACUGCAGGAACAUUUUCUCGGCCCGGUUGAAAGCGGUAUGCGCUUAGAUUCAAAUUUUGGUCACGAUGAUGAUGGAUGCGGCAAAGGUAACUCGCGUACAAAACGAAUUCGAACUGCUUACACGAGUCUGCAGUUGUUAGAGCUGGAGAAAGAAUUCAGCAACAACCGUUAUCUCUCUCGUCUUAGAAGAAUUCAGAUUGCUGCCAUGUUGGAGUUAACUGAGAAGCAAGUGAAAAUUUGGUUCCAAAACCGUCGUGUGAAAUGGAAGAAAGACAGAAGAAUGUCAAGCACGAUGUCCUGCAGCUCAGGAAUAACUGUCAAAUGUGAAGCAGAAAGUAUUGAUGAUGAGGACUUUUCCACUAAGGAAGAAAGAUAGAGAAACAAUUUUUACAUGCAAUAGUAUAAAUUCUCUCCAGUAACUUGCAUGCAGGGGCCAGUGUAUGGUUUUCCCUGGCCUAGAGCCAUAGACCGAGAAUAUCUAUACGAAUGUGCAUUUCUCUGAAACCUUCAUAAGACGUAUAUAAAGGUAUAACGUUUUAGUGAUAUAGUUGUUCCAUAUAUAGGGUUAAUAUAGCCCAUUGUAUUUAAGAAUAUCUACGAAAUCAAUGUAAAAUUCGUUAUCCUGCAGUUCAGGGCAAAAAAAUUCAUGCGCAUGCAUGCAGUUACACGAGAAAUCUCAUAUAGCGUUUUUCUUUUCAUUUUUUGAGUAUGACGUGCAAGGUAACUUCUUGGAUAAAAAGUUACAUCAUGUAUAUAGAAAACAGCAGUAGACUCAUAUAUUUAUUAC